UAUUGGGCUUUCGUUCCACAUCGCGUGGAAAAGUGUGGAAUCUCUUGAGGUGACAGCAAACGUUUGCCGAAGAGGGUGUUUUUUGAUGAAUUUAGCUCAAAAUUCGCAAUGGAGACGAUAUUAGAGCAACAACGACGGUAUCAUGAAGAGCGCGAACGCCUCGUGAAAGCCAUGGUGGAGGAAUUGCUGAUGGCAAAGCCAAAUUCGGCAAAAGAUGCAGUAUUUACAGAUCAUCGACUGCAUUUGCUCCUCCAGCUGCACAACAACGCCACGGGGACGCUGAAGGAGUUGUACGAGGACAAGGAUGGCGUCCGGAAGACAGAAGUGCAGGCUCUCUCCGGACCCAAUGAGUUCUCCGAGUUCUACGCCCGUCUGAAGCAGAUCAAGGAGUUCUACAAGAAGCACCCCAAUGAGAUCAGCGUGCCACUGUCGGUGGAGUUCGAGGAGCUGACCAAGUCGUAUGGGAACCAGGAUGAGAUGAGUUCCCUCGUGGAGUUCACGGACGAGGAGGGAUUUGGGAAGUACUUGGAUCUGCACGAGUGCUUCGACAAGUUCAUCAACAUUCGCGGCAUCGAGAAGAUUGACUACAUCACGUACUUGAUGACUUUCGACCACCUGUUCGACAUUCCCAGGGACAGGAAGAACACCGAGUACAAGAAAUACCUGGAGAUGCUGCUUGAGUACCUCAACGGCUACGUGGGUCGCGUGAAGCCUCUGCUGGACAUCGAUUCCGAGAUGGAGGCCACCAAUAAGGAGUUCCAUCGUGAUUGGGACUCUGGGAGUUUCCCCGGCUGGCCCAAGGAGACCGAGAGUGCUCUCACUUCGGUGGGAGCGCAUCUGGACUUGUCGGCCUUCUCCAGUUGGGAAGAAUUGGCCUCGCUUGGACUCGAUCGACUCAAGUCGGCCCUGAUGGCGCUCGGUCUGAAGUGCGGCGGCACUCUGGAGGAGCGAGCGCAGCGUCUGUUCUCCACCAAAGGCAAGCAGAACUUCGAGCCGACAAUGCUGGCCAAGAAGGGACGCAGCAAGCAAACGUCCAAUGCUUCAGCUCGUCAUCGGGAAAUCGCCUUCCUGGAGGCGCAAGUCUACAGACUGGCGGACAUUGUGUCUGAGCAGCGAAGCGCCACCAAGGAGAAUGUCCAGCGGAAGCAGGCCAGGACUGAGGGAGAGCGCGAGGACAGCGACGUGGAGGCGAGUGAUUCGGACAAUGAGGACGACGAUGCCGAUGAUGUGCCGUACAAUCCCAAGAAUCUGCCGCUGGGAUGGGAUGGGAAGCCCAUUCCGUACUGGCUGUACAAGCUUCACGGCCUCAACAUCAGCUAUCACUGCGAGAUUUGCGGAAAUUACACGUACAAGGGCCCCAAAGCCUUCCAGCGUCACUUCGCCGAGUGGAGACAUGCUCACGGCAUGAGAUGCUUAGGCAUUCCCAACACGGCGCACUUCGCCAACGUCACUCAGAUCGAGGAUGCAAUAACCCUGUGGGAGAAACUAAAGUCGCAGAAGCAGCAGGAGCGCUGGAUUCCCGACCAGGAGGAAGAGUACGAGGACUCGCAGGGAAAUGUGGUGAACAAGAAGACGUACGAGGACUUGAAGCGUCAAGGAUUACUGUAGAGAUUGUGUGGCUUGAAAAUGAAUUGAUUCUAACGAAAAGUAAUCAAA